AUGACGAGGACGAUUUGUAUUGUUUAUGCUACUCAAUCAGAAUUAAUUAAAUACGAAAAUGACCAAAUCGACACCCUUUUAAAAAAUAUUGGAGUAAAUCCUGAUAAAUGGAAUUUAUUUAUUUAUAACGACAGCAACAAUCCAAACCAAGUUUAUAGUGGAACACAUUGGUCUUUAAUUAUUUUUAAUCCAAAUCAAAAGAAUUUUUUACUUUUUGACCCUGCUAGAGGCUUUGAAAAUUAUGAUAAUGUUAGUGAACCUGUUUAUUCGUUUGUUUCUAAAAUGACAAAUUAUUUAAAUGUAACAUCCAACCAACCAAUUCGGAGAUAUACUCAAACGCCGUUUAUGGAAAUUUCUGGUGAUUGUGGUAUUUAUAUAAUUGAAUAUUCGAGAAUUAUUUUUAAGUAUAUUUCUGGUGAUUUUAAAGUUGAUCAAGAUUUAAAUUUUAAAUUUGAUGGAUAUUUAAGAGAAGGGUUGAAAGGUAUUGAAAAAGCUCGUUUAGAAUGGCAAAAGACAAUCCUCACUUUGACUGAAAAAGAAAAGAGGAAAUUAUGA